AUAUAUCGUCUUGUUAGCAACUACUGAUAAUUAAGCAUUUGGAAAAAAACAAAAAGACUCUAAAAAACCUCUCCUUCUUUCAACAAUCUCUUCCUAGGAGAGGAGAAACAUGAGAUUCAAUCACAUCCUUCGAUCAAAAAACACUUCUCAGGUUGGUUCAUUCAUAAGACAUGUUGCGGCUGCUGGAAGCUUGCAGGAGUACUUGCUUCGGUCUCAUGUGUUUGUCAGAUGGAACAGUUCGGAGGCAUCACUGCAGAAGGAAGAUUCGAUAGCGACUGACUUGAAGGAUGAGAAAGGGUUUAAGGGACAUGAUAUGUUGGCACCAUUCACUGCUGGUUGGCAGAGUUCCAAUUUGCAUCCUCUAGUUAUUGAAAGAUCCGAGGGUAGUUAUGUUUACGACACCAAUGGGAAAAAAUAUCUAGAUAGCCUUGCUGGACUAUGGUGCACAGCUUUAGGUGGAAAUGAACCUCGACUUGUUGCAGCUGCAACUGCACAGUUAAAUACCUUGCCAUUUUACCACUCUUUUUGGAAUCGUACCACAAAACCCUCCUUGGAUCUUGCAAAGGAACUUCUUGAAUUUUUUACUGCAAAGAAAAUGGGAAAGGUCUUCUUUACAAACAGCGGUUCAGAAGCCAAUGACUCUCAGGUGAAACUGGUUUGGUAUUAUAACAAUGCAUUGGGAAGGCCAAAUAAGAAGAAAUUCAUAGCACGGAUGAAAUCAUACCAUGGAUCGACCUUAAUCUCAGCCAGUCUUUCUGGUCUUCCAGCUCUACAUCAGAAGUUCGAUCUUCCUGCACCAUUUGUAUUGCAUACAGACUGCCCGCACUACUGGCGCUUUCAUUUACCAGGUGAGACUGAGGAGGAGUUUUCUACCAGAUUAGCCAAUAACUUAGAGAAUCUUAUCCUCAAAGAGGGUCCAGAGACGAUUGCUGCUUUCAUUGCUGAGCCCGUCAUGGGUGCUGGAGGCGUGAUUCCUCCCCCAAAGACAUAUUUCGACAAGAUUCAAGCUGUCGUAAAAAAAUAUGACAUACUUUUCAUUGCUGAUGAGGUCAUCUGUGCAUUCGGAAGGUUAGGAACGAUGUUUGGAUGUGACAAGUACAAUAUAAAGCCUGACCUUGUCUCCUUUGCAAAAGCUCUUUCAUCUGCAUAUAUGCCGAUUGGUGCAGUUCUUGUAAGCCCCGAAGUUUCAGACGUCAUAGAUACUCAAAGCAACAAACUUGGUUUGUUCUCUCAUGGGUUUACUUACUCUGGCCAUCCCGUAUCAUGUGCGGUUGCUUUAGAAGCACUCAAGAUCUAUAAGGAACGAAAUAUUGUCGAGCAAGUCCGGAGCAUAUCUCCAAGGUUUCAAGAUGGCAUUAGAACAUUUUCGGACAGUCCCAUAAUUGGAGAAAUAAGAGGGACUGGGUUGAUUCUUGGGACUGAGUUCACUGACAACAAGUCACCUAAUGAUUUAUUCCCUCCUGAGUGGGGGGUAGGUGCGAUUUUUGGAGCAGAAUGUGAGAAACGUGGGAUGUUAGUUCGAGUUGCUGGGGAUAACAUAAUGAUGUCUCCUCCAUUUAUAAUAAGCCCUGAAGAAGUUGACGAGCUAAUAAGCCUCUAUGGAGAAGCACUUAAAGCUACAGAAGAGAAGGUGAAAGAACUCAAGUCCAAGAAAAACCAGUAGUGAAAGAUGGUCAGCUGAAGAUCUUUGGCGCCUUUCUCUUUCGCAGCUGGCAGAUGAUGGCGAAAAAUGUCGUUUGUGGAAAUAAAAGUAUAAUGCUUGUGAGACAGAUGCUGAUUAGUAUUUCAACUUGCUUGGAUACUCAGGUGGGCCAUCUACCUUUUUUCUUAUAUUGUAAUUAUGGUUGGAAGUUUGA